UUUACUCAUAUCUUGGGCUACCUGUGUUCAUGUCUGACAUGUCACGCAAUCGUAUCGAUUUGUGAACUGCUCUUUGUGACUUGAAAACUCUACUUUUAUUAUAUCGCUUGGGAUUUAUUCACCUAUUAAAGCCAAAAAUAACUGAAGAAAAAAGUUGAAAGAAAGAAGAUAACAUUUUAAUAACAUAUUUGUGAUUAUCGGCAUUUGAAUAUUGUGUGUCUAGUCAAUACGUCAACUGAAUGACACGUGUAAGAUCAAGAACUUCAAGGCAAAGCGAACAACAAAUGGAGGAUGAUUUGCCAAUACAAGCUAGUCUUCAACUCGGGCAGCCAAAAGAUGAAAGCUUUCUAGCGACGAAGUUUCACUGGUCGAGAAACGAUCGCCCAAAAUGGCUGCUUGUUCUGUUAGCUGGUUGUAUGUCGUUGUACAUGACAAGAAUUAUUAUGCCUCUUUGUGUUGUAUCUUUGGCUGAGGAGCUACAUUGGGACAAACGGCAGUCUGGUCUUAUCCUGUCAUCGUUUUUCUGGGGAUACCUUAUCACUCAAGUUCCUGGAGGRUUUCUGAGUGAUGUCUAUGGAGCUGAAAAGCUUGUGUUGUGGUCAAUAAUUGGUAGUUCUGUUAGUACGUUGGCCAUUCCUCUUGUCACGAGCCAGUCAUUCUCCACUGCAAUUCCURUUGUAUCUCCUAUUAUUAUUAUUGUAGCUGUGAGAGUUAUGUUAGGAUGUUCUCAAGGAGUAUUUUACCCUGCAUUAUAUAGUCUCAUUGGGAAGAGUCUACCCGUGAAUGACAGAUCAUCUGGUUCAGCAAGAGCAUCAGCAGGAGGUCCCAUAGGGAGUCUUCUCAUGGGCAGCGUGGGGUCUGUGAUGUUAAUGACUUAUGGCUGGCGUACAGUCUUCUUUGUUUUUGGCUCAUAUGGACUUUUCUGGGCCGUUUUAUUCUAUAAACGUUUUAUAAAUAAGAAUCUAGCAGUUAUUAACAUGAAUGGAAAUGUAAGAAAAGAAAAGACUACAACGCUAACCAAAACACCAAAAACAGAAAUWAUUGUACCAUGGGGAAAGAUCAUGAGGGAACCAGCAAUAUGCAACCUUAUUUCAUGGCUACCAACAUUCUUUCAUGAAAAAUAUCCUGAUGCUCCGGGAUGGGUAUUUAAUGUACUCCCAUACGUAGCAAAUCUAAUUGGAAAGAUUUCAGGAGGUCACAUCGCAGACAACAUGAUACAAAAUGGUUUUUCAGUUGCGUUUGUUCGCAAAGGCCUUGAGACUGUGGGUACAUCUGGAGCAUCCAUUAUUUUAUUUGCRUCAAGUUACAUGACAGGGUUUUGGCAUACUCUGUUUGGUAUGAGUCUYGUUCUUGGUUUGUCRGGGCUGACRACAAGUGGUUCACUAUGUAAUGUGCAAGAUUUAUCACCUACAUUUGCUGGUUUGAUUGCUGGUAUAGUUUGCUCAAUUGGUGCAAUUCCUGGUAUUUUUGGUGUUUAUGCAACUGGUUACAUCCUUCAUCUCACCAAUAGUUGGAAUUCUGURUUUUUCCUGACUUGUAUUAUUUGCAUCAGUGGAAACUUGUUCUACAACUUUGUUGGAAGUGACAAAAAAAUUGCUUGAUUUAUCAAGAACAAUUUAGCUAAAAUUCAACAGAAGACUACAUAUUUAUGAAUGUACGCAGAAGAGAAGAAUGGAAUUUGAGCAUUUAAAGCUUCUUAGAACACUUUCUGUGAUUGGCUACUUUGAUGUUCAGAGUGAUUGUCAUUUAUCGAUGAGUUGUCAAAAUAUCAGGGGCCAGUAUGAUGGGUGAAUAUCRCUAUCCAUAUGAAAUCUUACUCCAACAUAUAAAAUCCCAUUCAAAAUYAAAUGGAUAAUUUUAUCCACCCUUUGUACAACUGGCCACAGUAGUUAGUAUUAUAAAUCAGUCAGUUAUUGUUAUUGUUUAAGAGCAAGUGAAUAAAUAUUCAUCGUCAAAUGAAAAAUCUAUAUAUCUAGAAUAUGAAACAGAUCAAAAGUACAAUUACAAUAACUGUAAAAAACACUCAAAUUUAAUCAUUAAAUGUAAUCGGUAUAAUAAAUACAAAAUAUAAUAUAUGCACAAUAAAUACUUUAUAGAGUAGACACACUUAAUCCAGAAAACAAAUAGUACUUAUUACUACUAAAUAGUUUUGAAUAGACAGGAAAGAAAGGAUAGAGUGAACGCACUUAAUCCAUGCAACUGUACAAAAUCUAAGUAGAACUAAUUUGUACUAAA